AAAUUGCUCUACACUUUAGCCCACCGACGCACACUCAAACAACCCUUUUGGACAAUCCGAAUUAUUAUUAAGCCCGAUUUUUUUUAAAUCUGAUUUUAUUAAUUACCACAGAUCAAAAUGCUUCCUUUCAAGAGAACUUUUGAGAGCGAAAAACAUCAACUGCAUGAGCUGAACAGCAGACUUGCUCAGUAUCUGUCCAGAACCAAACAGCUGGAGCAAGAAAACGCGAAUCUUAUAGCUGAAAUUAAUAAACUGAGACGCGGCAGCGCAACGUCGGACUGGGAGCAGAGAUACAAGGCGGAGAUGAAGGAGCUCAGAAGGAUGAUGGAGCAGAUCUCCUUCGAGAAGUCCCAGGCAGAGAUGGAGAGGGAGAAGCUAUGGCGUGAGUUACAGGGGGCCCAGUCUCUGUGCAGCGAACAGACCGCGGCGUGCAGAGACAUCAGCGGAGAGCUGCGGGGCUGCGAGCACGAGCUGCAGCAGGCGCACAAAAUAAACAUGGAGCUGCAGCAGCGGCUCCUUCAACUGGAGAGCGAAUACAAGCGCUUAGAGGAGGCGCGCAGGCAGGAGGCGGCCCAGCUACGGCAGCAAGUGGAGUCCCGGGUGGUGCCCAUCAUUACGCAAACUUAUCCAGGCCUCCCGGCGGUGUCCGUGGAAGAGGUGCAGGAGUACGCGCGCGGUCUGUCCGAGGGAUGGAUAGAGACGUUUGAAAUGUACCAGAAAAAAGUAGAAGAAAUGGAGAAGUCGAUCAAAGAGGACCAGGCGAGGCUGUGCGACCUGAAAAAGGAGAAGAUGCUGUAUGCGUCCGAGCUGGGCAAACUGCGCACAGAGGCGGAAAAACAGAGCCAGGUUCAAAUGCGUCUGGAAGAGCAGCUCAUGCACAUGCAAGAGAAAUUCCGAGUGGAUUUAAGUGAACAUCAGAUGAUUAUCCAGCAACUGGAGCAUGAGAGGAACAUGCUGGCUGAGGCAAUGGAAGACAAAAUGAGGGAACAUCAACACCUUCUCCAAGUAAAGAUGGAUCUGGGCGUUGAGGUUGCAGCAUACAGGGCACUCCUGGAAAGUGAAAGAGUUGGUCUGCAAGAUGCUCACAGGAGGAUGACUCAACAUCAAAGAGAAAGAAUUAUAGAUAUCAAGGUGCCUGGUCAGUCAUAUACUCCAAGAGCUUCAAUCUUAUCUUCAAGAAGACAUGUAGAUAUGCGGUAUACAUCACCAACAAACCUAAGAAGACCACCUGUGCCCACCUCUGGAUCUUUAAGUCCCUCUAGGGUCAUUCCCAUUUCAGUUGCAGAAAGGGCUCGCCAUCAAAGUCCAGCAUCCAGAAGAGAUAUGGUAUCAUUCAACAAAGCCCGGGCUGCUGCUUCUACACCUCCUACAACAACCAAAAUUGAGGUUAGAGAGAAAACAGUUGCAGAUGAGAAAACCAUGAGAUUCAACAAGGUCCCUGAUGAAAGCAAACCAAGAUUUACACAGGAGACAAAGUCGGUAAGAGUGUUAUCACCCCCUGCAAAAAGUCCCAUCCCUCAAAUUGUCCCAGAAACCACACGGUACGUGUUAGAUAAGAAGGAGAAGGGCCACACUCAAGAUGAAUCCAGAGACAAAGGGAAGGCAGAGCCUACAGUUGACUUCACAGAAAAAAAGAUACUGGAUUCCGUAUCUGUUGAGGAGAUUAUUGAGAAAGUGAUCAAACCGGCAGGUUUAGAAGCUAAGAUAUGCUCAUCGGGGGACUCUAAGGUCACGUAUCACGUGGAGAAAAGUGAGCAGGAAGAUGGCACAACCAAAACCCAGAUUGUGCUUGAGUCCAAAGUUGAAGAAGAGAUGGAUGUUUCGAAAGACUCUGCGCUUGAGGAACUCCUGAACCAGGGUGUGAAGAAGAUAUCCCUGGAAGACAUAGAAGAUACAGCAACGGGAAACAUGAUUAAAAACCUUCUAAGUAACCUUCAAGGAGGAGAAAACUUGGAAAAUAAGUCAGUCAAUGUGGAAGUUAUAGAGGAACCUAUUAUGUCUUUGAGUGAUGAAGAGCUUGAGGUAGAAAGAAAGAGCAAAUCAAGUUUUUAUGAGCCAACAUAUUUCCAAAUUGAGGAGAUGGAAAAUAUAACUCACAACCCUAAAGAAGAAAAGAAUGAAGAUAAUGGCAUAAUGUCUGCUGAAAAAGGCACAGAUCAGUUGAGCAGAGCAUCUGUACAAGUUCAGGAGCUGUCUAGAGAAAGUGAAUCUUCUCCUAUCUCCCAGGAGCAAGGGUUUCAUGAAUACUUUGUGUCCACACCAGAUGAAAACCUUUCUGAACCGGAGGAAGGUGGAGGAAUAAUGUCUUAUGGACAUUAUGGCGUUGUAGAUGAUUUAUCAGAUGAGAGGUAUUAUCAAGAUGAAAGUCCUCCCCAGAGAAGAGUGAUUGUAGAGGAAAGUGAUGAAUAUAAGUACAAGUCAAGUGAUCGUGCAUUCCCCAUAGAUAGCUUUCCAGAAUGCAUCAUUGAAGAAGAGGUUCGGGUUUCGCCUGUAGUGCAAGAAUCUGUGCUUGAGUUCCUAAGAGAGGACUCCUUGGAGCCCAAACAGCAGCUGAAGGGAGCCUUGGAGACCCUACAGACCUCAGUUUCUGGUCCUUUGAGGGAAGAGUUGGCUUUCCUAACAAAAUUGAGCAAUGAAAAUCCACAAAAUGUAGCAAUUAAAAAAGUUGAGCAAUCAACUGACAAUGGAACCAUGACCAUUGUUGCAGAGCUAAAUGUCACCCAAUCCCUAGAAGCCUCUGGGCUACUGGAGGAAGGAGAUGAUAUUUCUGAAGAGCAGAUAAUGCAAGCUCUCAAAUCUUCAAAUCUGGAUCUUGAAAAGGCCUUCCAAGGAGGAGCAGAGUCAGGGUAUAGUAUUAGAGUUUCCGAAGACAGGGGUAUUGCUUAUGAUGAUGGUUUUGAGAUCAUUUCUGGCAUUGGGGAAUCUGCAUCUAAUGUAAUUGAGAAACACGUCAAACUGGAACCAUCAGAAAAGUCUUUUGCCGUUAAGAUGGAGGUGCAGGGUGACCAUAGUAAGGAGAGCUCAGAGCAAAAUUUACAGUCCCUACUCUCUGAAAACCCAGAGAUUUCUACUGAAAAAAGAGUUGCAACACUUUACCUUGAAAGCCCCGUCGAGGACUAACGAGGAAAUGUGUCAGAAAUUGUAUCGAAUUCACACAGGCGCUAUUAUGUAACAUGGCAGUGGCACUGCAUAUUUUUUAACAACGAGCAAAAUAACAAAUAUAUGAGCAAGAUGUCAAUCCACAGACCAACAAAUAUACGUGUUGGUUUAUCUUGAUUUUAUCUCAUAUAGCUUUCCUUAUUUUCUAUGCUUCAUCUAAGCUAUCAUUUAGCAUUAAGCUGUUUGGUGGAGCUUUAAAAACCCAACUCCACAGUGUACAUUAAACAAUUGACUCAGUCACCUGUGCCUAUAUUGUUGGAUCCUUUGGAUUUAUGUUUACCAUGGACCAACACAGGGCACUGUUAUUCUGUGCUGUGCUAUCUUUGCAGGUUGGGAAUUCUAAUUGUGCAACAAGUACCUUAAUAAGAUACAUUGACAUUGGUAUUAAUUAUUAUAUUCUAAAGACAGAGGUUACAUUAAACAUGAAAUUAUUGACAAUUAAGAAAGCAUUUUGGCUUAUAGGUAGGAUUUUAAGUGGAAGAUGUACAUUAAAUGUACCAAAAAAAAGAAAU